GGCCCCGGGAAACCAUACUGGUUUGUUCUACCUUAACCUCGCCCAUAGUUUUUGCGCCAUAAAACAGGAGAAUCCUGUUUUGCUUUUAGAUUUCAGGAUGAAUAAUUGAAUGAAUAUAAAUAGGGUAUUGCUAGCUAGAACUUAGAAGUUGAAGGUUUCAAUUCCACGUUGGUUGACAUUAGCUGGGCAAUACCCCUAACACACCAUGGACGGGCAGUGGGUGGUGAACAAGCCUAGCCGGAGCGACGAAGUUCUCGACGCCGAUGAACAGCUGAGGAUCGCUGAUCAGAUCAGGGCUCACUUUCAUUUCAUGGCGCCCAAGCGGCCCAUCAAACCCAACCGAAGCGAAACCGCCGAUACUUCCGCAACCGCCCCUUUUCAAGAUUCGGACGGUGGUAACAUUCCUGAACUCGACAAGUUUCUUUCUCUUCGGUCACAAUCCUUGCCUGUCUCUGUCGAAGAGGGAGGAGCUUCAUUAGUGCAAGAGGAGUUUGUGGAGACCCAGUACUACAAGGAAUUUAAUUCCAUCGACAAACAGCACCACACGACAGGGAAUGGGUUUAUAAGGGUAGUGGGAGGAGGUGGAGAUGGAUAUGGUCUUCAGCUGCAAAGGGGUCAUGAGGGAAUAAGCAGAAGAGAGACGACGAGUAUGAGAUUCAGAAGCAACCCUGCAACAAACGACUGGAUCCCAAGCGCUGAAGGAGAAGAGCGAGAAGAGGCCACCUUCAUCUCGUCGAAGCCUAGUCGGAGCGAGAGUUUGGUGGAUGGGUAGUGUACUGUAGACCCUGGAUCUAUCGGAAGGAGACGGGUAGGGAAAAAAUUACUUUUGGCUUAUUAAUUAGUGAAGAGAAAUAGUGGCGUGCCUUUCCAUGUGAAAUAAAUGGGGAUUGUCUCGAUCUGAGGCACUACUCUAGCAAAUACAAUCAAAUUGUAAGUGACAAUUGCAGUGUUUUUUAUCAUGUAUGCAUAUAGUCUAUUCGCUUUAUUAUUA